GUACAAUCUUCGGAUCGCAAAAAGUUACACAGUCAAUUUUGUUCCUCUACUUCCAUCUCCUUGGCCAAGGGAGGAAUGCAGAGCAUUUAUAGACCUUGCGCCAUUUAACUUUCAUUAUUUCUUUCUCUUUCUCUGGGAUGUUGCUUGUUCUUUUACUAUUAUAUCUUCAAAUCUUAUCUGCCGCCGCAAAUGUCUCUGGUACUCUUCCGGAUUCGGCUCUCAUCUUUUCUUCUGGCUGGCAACGCUCCUUGUCAAGAACUACGGACAACUUUCUUCUCACAGACACCCUUGGGCAUGCUCUGACUGUCACGAUUCCAGAGUCCACUACGAUGGUAAACUUUGUCGGCUUGAAAAGGACGGGAGGCUCAUUGUAUGGUGUAUGCGUGGACUGUGCCAGCGGUAGUGUCACGAAUCUGCAGCUCUUCUCGGGGCAUGAUAGUACGCUGGCAAAUAAUGCUGAUGCUGAGCCCGCCUUGAUAUUCUCUUUGGACGUGAAUCCUGACCAGGCGCAUAUAUUACAAGUGACAAAUGUUGGAGACAGCAGUUUUGGGAAAAAGACACCUCAUCUUCUAGUACCUCAACCCGUAUCAGCAGUGCUUUACCUACAUCUAGUUCCAGCACUUCGGAAACCGCCAUAUCAACCUCAGUAGCCAUUUCUACUGAUCAUACCUCAAGCACGGCCUCGGUCGCAGCAGCAGCUUCUUCAUCAGCUUCCGUAUUUACAAACACACAAACGAGCAGUUCCCUAAUCGCAGUCAUCGUAGUACCCACGGUGAUUGCUGUACUCUCUCUCGUCAUUGGUCUAUUCUUUUAUUUUCGAAAACAACGUCGGAAAGCGACAUUUGUGGACUUUGUCGAAAUCGAGGAUCCUCCAACAACGCAAUUAGCCCCUGUUGUACCUUCUAGUUCUUCUUCUGG